AAUGGAUACACCCCUCUGCAUAUUGCUGCCAAGAAGAAUCAGAUGCAGAUAGCUACCACUCUGUUGAACUAUGGGGCCGAGACCAACAUUUUGACCAAGCAGGGAGUCACUCCGCUUCAUUUGGCCUCCCAAGAAGGUCACACUGACAUGGUGACCUUGCUUUUGGAGAAAGGAGCCAAUAUCCACGUGGCAACAAAGACUGGAUUGACAUCCUUACACCUUGCAGCUCAAGAGGAUAAAGUGAAUGUAGCUGAAAUACUCACAAAACACGGUGCAAACCAAGAUGCUCAGACAAAGCUUGGUUAUACACCUUUAAUUGUGGCGUGUCACUAUGGAAACAUCAAAAUGGUGAAUUUUCUUCUCAAGCAGGGAGCCAAUGUCAAUGCUAAAACAAAGAAUGGAUACACCCCUCUUCACCAAGCAGCUCAACAAGGCCACACUCACAUCAUUAACGUUCUUCUCCAACACGGGGCCAAGCCCAAUGCCAUCACCACUAAUGGUAACACUGCCUUAGCUAUUGCGAGGCGCCUGGGAUACAUCUCAGUGGUCGAUACGCUGAAGGUUGUAACGGAGGAGAUCACCACCACCACAACUACUGUAACAGAGAAGCACAAGCUAAAUGUCCCCGAGACAAUGACUGAGGUCCUGGAUGUUUCAGAUGAAGAAGGUGAUGACACAAUGACAGGAGAUGGAGGAGAGUACCUUAGGCCAGAAGACCUCAGAGAACUGGGAGAUGACUCUUUACCAAGCAGCCAGUUCUUAGAUGGUAUGAACUACCUAAGGUACAGCCUGGAAGGAGGACGAUCUGACAGCCUGCGAUCCUUCAGUUCAGACAGGUCCCACACGCUGAGCCAUGCCUCCUACCUGAGGGACAGCGCCAUGAUCGACGAGACGGUCGUGAUCCCCAGCCAGCAGGUAACAACUCUGGCCAAAGAAGCUGAAAGGAAUUCCUAUCGCUUAAGCUGGGGCCCUGAAAACUUGGACAAUGUGGCUCUUUCUUCCAGCCCUAUUCAUUCAGGAUGCUCUUCUCCAUGUCUUGAUCAUGACAACAGCAGCUUCCUCGUGAGUUUCAUGGUGGAUGCUCGUGGGGGUGCCAUGAGAGGCUGCAGACAUAACGGGCUACGAAUCAUCAUUCCCCCGCGCAAAUGCACCGCUCCCACGCGAGUGACCUGCCGGCUGGGGAAGCGCCACAGGCUGGCCACCAUGCCUCCCAUGGUGGAGGGCGAAGGUCUGGCCAGCCGCCUGAUCGAAGUUGGACCUUCUGGUGCUCAGUUUCUUGGUAAACUUCAUCUGCCUACGGCUCCUCCCCCACUUAAUGAGGGAGAAAGCUUGGUCAGCCGAAUCCUUCAGCUGGGGCCUCCUGGGACCAAAUUCCUUGGGCCCGUGAUUGUGGAGAUCCCCCAUUUUGCUGCUCUGCGUGGGAAAGAGAGAGAGCUGGUGAUCCUGCGCAGCGAGAACGGGGACAGCUGGAAGGAGCAUUUCUGUGAAUACACGGAGGAUGAACUGAAUGAAAUCUUAAAUGGGAUGGAUGAAGUACUGGACACUCCAGAAGAGCUGGAAAAGAAACGUAUCUGCCGCAUCAUCACCCGAGAUUUCCCGCAGUACUUUGCAGUGGUAUCGCGGAUCAAACAGGACAGCAACCUCAUCGGCCCCGAGGGAGGUGUGCUGAGCAGCACUGUGGUGCCACAAGUGCAGGCAGUCUUCCCCGAAGGCGCUCUCACCAAGCGAAUUCGCGUUGGCCUCCAGGCUCAACCUAUGCAUACUGAACUAAUAAAGAAGAUUUUAGGCAACAAGGCUACCUUCAGCCCGAUAGUCACGCUGGAGCCCCGGAGAAGGAAGUUCCAUAAACCCAUCACGAUGACGAUUCCUGUCCCCAAGGCCUCCAGCGAUGGCAUCAUGAAUGGUUAUGGAGGCGACACCCCCACUUUAAGGUUACUAUGCAGCAUAACAGGAGGAACCACCCCUGCCCAGUGGGAGGACAUCACUGGAACAACACCGCUGACGUUUGUUAAUGAAUGUGUUUCCUUCACCACAAACGUGUCUGCCAG